AAGCUGAUGACUCUACGAAGGGACCUGUCUUUCAUGCAAACUCACACCCACUUCCCAAAGUAUAAAAUCUAGGUAGAGUGGCUUGGAUUCCUCACAUUCACACAUACCAUCCUUCCGGUGGCAUUCAGAUUAAGGCUCUGUAAUUACAGCACACCAUGUCCUCCUAUAGUAUCAGACAAACUUCCUCUUCUUCAGGAACCAAAGGUGGCUUGGGUUUAGGUGGCUAUGGUGGUGGUUCAAGUAGGCUAUCUGUAGGUGGCUAUCGGACCCCUAGCAUCCAUGGGGGAAGUGGUGGUAAAAAUGUUUCUAUCUCCACCGCAAGAGUUGUCUCAUCUGGGAUUGGUAGUGGCCUUUGUGGUGGCUUUAGUGGUGGCUUUGGUGGUGGCAGCUAUGAGUCUAGCUUUGGUGGAGCUUAUGGUUCUGGAUAUGGCUUUGGAGGGGGAGCUGGUGGAGAUGGCCUUCUGUCAGGAGGUGAGAAGGAAACCAUGCAGAAUCUGAAUGACCGUCUGGCCUCAUACCUGGACAAGGUGCGAUCGCUGGAGAAAGCUAAUUCUCUGCUGGAGAUUCAGAUUCGUGAAUGGUAUGAGAAGCAGAAACCCAGUGUAUCCAAUGACUACAGUAACUACUACAAAAUAAUUGAAGACCUCCGCAACAAGGUAGCAAACAUUUCUCUACUUCCAGUGAACACAUCAGUAUACCGUUACUUUUUAAUAUUUCUGUCUAGUUCACCAAAAUAUUUGAAUAGAUGAUUCC